AUGACAGAGGCAGAGCCCCAUCCACACAAAUACAUCAGUAUCCCACCGCAGCUUGCUCCACGAGAUCCGGAUGGCCUGCUGUAUGGUUCUGUAGAUUCCCAGCUUCUGGACGGUCAAGUUGCAAAAUCUACGCCACAAAUUGCAUUAUCGUCAUCCUUUGCAAAUGCUAUUCCAACAUUUAUAUUGCACGAAGAAGACCUUGGGGACCCCAUGAACUUUGUAGAGACUCACAAGGAGGCUGGAAAGCAGUUUGGAGCAAUAAAAGUUGUCGUUCCUAAUGAGUUACGCUCGAAAAUUGGAGCACCAACAACCUUGAGUCCAGACACAAUCGAGUUCAACACCACUCAAUUACGUUGUACCACAAUGAAACAGGAAAUCCAUAAGCGGGUUCAGUUUGUAAACGAUUUGUUUACGUUUUACCGUGGAAAAGAAGCUGAAAAGUCAGAGCCAUCAACAGAGAAACCAAAGCCAGACCAAAUACCAGAACCAUUAAAAGUGCCAGAAAUGCCAGCUGAGCCAGCAAAGGAAACAACAUCGGAGCCACCUGAACAAGCUAAGAAGCCACUGGAUCAAUUGGAACCAUUGGAACCCGUGAAAAUUCUGGAUCCAUUGUCGGAGCAAAUGGGUUCAUCCCAAGAACCAAAACUGGAUUUUUCUGCUCCAGAUUCAAGUCAGUUGGCUUCAGCACAGGAAGUAAAACCGGAAUUUUCGUCCGCAACCCCUGCAUCCACAAAUUUUGCAGUUUCUGAUCUUUUUACAAAACUUCCAACCUUAGUCAACAGACCAAUUGACUUGUAUCUGUUAUACCACUGCGUUAUAAAGAGAGGUGGGUUCCAAAAAGUGGACCUGUGGUCCUCUAUUGGCUUUGAUAUGGGAUACAAACCCGAAGAAAUCACCAAAUGGAAAAAUGAAUUGUCUUCCAUUUAUGAGAAAUAUUUAUUACCCUUUGAAAAGUCCCAUUUCAGCUCCUCCAAUCUGCAUAAAAGAUCUUUUGAAGAAACGCAUUCUUAUCUAGCUGGUUCUAGUAAGACUUUCAAGCGGUUCACCCGCUCAAAAAUUGCCAAAGGUAUACCCUUGAACCUUCCUUCAUACAUAAAAGUCUCGCCUACAACUGAUGAUGAGCAGAAAAAGAUACUCAAAAAUCAACUAAGUGCCUCUUCUCAGGUAAAACAAGCAUUUGGUAGCAUCACUGGAGACUGCGUUGACGACGAGGUUGUUCUAGCUCGUUCCUUCAUUAAGGGACAGCCUCGCAAUCUUCAACAGUUGAUGGUUAAAGACUCCAAGGUUCAGCAAAACAUUAUAAAGAACAACCAGCAGACAUUUCUGGAGUCUCUCGAGAUCUCCUCGCAAGACUUUGAAGCGCUUUUCUGGUCUACCAUAUCCCAGAACUCGUUGGAGCCUCUUGAAAUAGAGGUUGCAAGGCAACUAUCGAGUUUUGUUCACAGCCCAAGAUUUCACAGAUUAACUACUCACACCAACAAUGACUUUACUGAAAAGUCAACUGAAAAGUCCAUGGAAGCAGCCACAAAUCCUUGGAACUUGUACAACAUAGCAUGUGCACCAAAUUCUCUUUUGGGCAUUUUGACAGAUCUCGACAUUACCACUCAGGAUAUCUACCACCCGACCACUAAUGUCAAUAUGACGUUUGGUUUUGAAAACUGGAGAUGCGAGGACCAUUUCCUACAGCUUUGCGACUACCUUCAUUACGGCGCCAGCAAGUUAUGGCACUUUAUACCAGAAUCUGAAAUGGACAAAUUUGAAGAUCUUUUGGAUACAUUGAACCACAAUGAAAAUGUGGAAAUCAGUCUGAAAGAACCAAAGUUGACAGCUGAUGCUUUGGAGGCUAUCUUGGACCCAAUUGCUAGUAUCGCUGAUUCUACUCGUUACGAGCAUAGAUCACCACCGCUUGAAAACUUAAUCAAGAAGCUGCCAAGAAAGAAAAGCCAGAGGAACCAGGAUUACUUAGUUAGUCCCGAGCAACUUAAGAAGCAUAAUAUCAAGUAUUAUACUGCUUUACAAGGUCCUGGGGAGUUCAUUAUCAAGUACCCCAAAGUAUACUCAUGCAAUCUUUCGUCUGGUCUUAAUGUGGGAGCAGAGGUAAAUUUGGCUACUGUUUCUUGGUUGGACUAUGCUUUGGUAGCUGAAAAAUGGCUCUCAUCCCAGCACAUAAUACCUGCUUUUCUGCUGUUCAAAAUGCUCACCAACUUUGCAAAUUUGUACGACAAUGGAAAUGGAAAGGUGAAUUUCGACUCCCACUUUUUCCCCGUCGCCGAAAACCAUCUAAGCAACAGAGUCGAUACUGAGCUUGAAAAUCGUGAGCUCGUGAGGAAAAUGUUGAACCAUCCAAAGGAGAUUGUAGCGGACGAAAGGACGUCAAAUAUCAACAACUGGAUCUCAGACAUCGAUAUGUCUUCUGCGUUUCCUUCAAAGGUAGUCGUUACCGCCGUUGAUCUGUCGUUAGCAUUGACAAUGUCAUUGCAAAAUUUUCUUGAUCUCGGUGAACAGAUCAUGAACAACCCCGAACUCAAGGCCGAAUUACACUUAUACUACACGGAUGAUCGCUUAAAAGCAUUCUGCAGAUCAUUGAGCUCAUAUUCCAUCGAUUACAAUGAGUGGAUGAAUUCUUAUCGAGAAUUUUUCGCCUCGAGUUCAGAGCCGAAUCUCAGAAAUAUCAAGGCAUUGCUCGCAGAAGGUGACAAGAUAAAGGCUGCAAUGAGCUCGUCCAAUUCCACGUUGAGCCAAGAUGGUGAUGCCAAGAAGUAUUUUCAAGCUUUAGAGAACCUCAGAAACUUUGUCAAUCGUGCCAAUGAUAUCGUGGAAGAAUGCCAAAUAAUUCUCAAUGUUAAGCACCAGCAGAGAAUAAGAGGUGGCUCCAAUGAAGACCAGGACUGCGAGGACUACUUAUCUCGGUUGUACCUGGUGUUGAAGUUGCUACCGACUUUGGGGUUUCUGAGUCCGGAAACUGAACAGAUAAUGGAGCUCAAGGUUGAAAUUGAAAACUUUGACCGAGCUGCUCGUCUGCUAAUUUCCAAGCCUAGGGCCACUGUUCGAGACUUUGAAGAUUUAAUUGAUUUAGGAAUGUCUUUCGGGUUGGUGUUACCUUCACUUUCCUUAUUGAAACGUUUGAAAGAGCGAAUUGGUUGGAUCGAGACAUACGAAACUAUUGUCAGUGGUGGUGACCCAUUUGCUUCGAAAGUUGACCAUUACACUCUUGAGCAUCUAGUGGAGUUUGCUGCUUUGGGACUUAAAGUUCUCGGAAGCAACGAUCGUCCAAUGCUAGCAAUGGUACACCAGAUCAUAAACUCCAGCAAGGAGUACUCAAAUGGUGUGGCUAAAAUUAUCUCAGUUGAAUAUGCCGACGAGGUUGACUUGCAGAAACUUGACUCGAUCAUCAAUGAUGUGGAAGCAAGAUCACGAACUAAGAAUGAAGAAAGACUUAUUGCUAGUGCUGAAGUUUACAAGCAAUUGAUUGAACUUCGAAAUCACAGUAGCAUGCUUGAAAAAUUCAAAGAGGUGCUGAAUGGCAUGAAAGAUGGCAUUGCUUAUCAGUAUCAGCAAGCGAAACAUAUUCAAAAGCAGAUUGAAGGUUCUGGCUUGAAGUUCAAGUGCACCAUUAUCGCAGACAGCUUGAGUCGGUGCGACGAGUGGAUUUCGUCUCUAUAUCAAUACCUCGAGAAGGUGGAAUACCCUAGUGCCUUUCAUCCGGAAACACCCAACGAUGUUAACGUUAAAUUGACACUCCAUUCGGGACUCAUUAAGACAUGUUGCAAAAUUCACGCCAAGUGCAAAAUGAGCUUUGAUAUGGAAUCUGACAACUACUUGAAGAGUUCGUCGUACCAAUUCUUCCGUGGUGACGACGAAGAUAAAACAGGGGAAACUGCUGAACUUGAUACUUCUCUUCCUGAGACUUCACUUCUAGAACCAAAUGAACCCUCCAAACCUGCCAUAUAUUGCUUGUGUCGAGAGGCUGAGUUUGGCGAUAUGAUCGAAUGUGACGCUUGUAAGGAAUGGUACCACACAGGCUGUGUCAACGAAACCGAUGAGAUGGACGACGAUUCCAAAUAUUUGUGUCCGAUGUGUGCAGCGGUCGAAGGAAUUCUGCAAAGCAUUACCAUCAAGCUGGCUAGAAUGCUGGAACUUGAAGAUUUUUUGAAUACAGCAAAUGGACUAAAAGCCGUUCCUCCCAACGAGCUUCGUUCACUUCAAGCUCUCGUUGACCUUACCAAGAACCUGAGAGAAACAUUUGAACAUUUCUUGAAAACCUCUGAAAAGUACGGAAAAAACGAAAGAUUGGGUCGUCUUCGAUUUAUCUUGCGCAAGGUAUAUGGUGCUCCAGUAUUUGCUGAGGAUGUUUAUGUGAAAGUGGUGGACGAAGUGAGGAAGUUACAGAGUGAGAUCAGCCCUCAAGUAACCAUUGCAACAGAGUCUAAUACAAAGCAACAUCUGGAAAAAGUCCACUACGAGCUGAAGUCAUUGGAUAGCGAAGAUAAGAAUAAUCUGGUUUCUUUGACAGAUGCACUUCCAGCUCAAAUACCACUGCAAAAAAGUAUCGAACUAGAUGUUUCCGAUACCCAGAAUUUUUCAUCUUUGAACACACCUUAUUUGGCUGCUCUGGUCCCUAAUUCAGGUUCUGAGUCGGUUGUAUCUUCUCAGGUAAUGGGGACCGAGACGUCCAGUAUGGGACAUUCAAGUGGAGUUUUUGAGAAGAAUACCGAAGGGUACUCGAAUGGUAAUUGGUCCGACUCGAAUGAAUUUGAGCCACCAACUUCAGAGCUGUCUAGUCUUAAGGUCGCAAAUGUUGAGAGCCAGAACCAGGAUCCGACUAGUCAAGAUGUUGAUCUUGGUAACAUUACCGCCAACAAAGAGAUGAAUAUCGAUGAGAAGUUACUCAUUAAAGAAUCUCACCUGAGCACGGAGAAUGUCCAGGAAGCACAAAAGUGUGUAAAGUUGAACGGGAUAAACGCUCAUGAUUCGGAUAAUCUUGAAAGAAACCAAGAAAGCCAAAAUACACUGAACAAGUCUCUUGACACAAAUAAUACCCAAGACACAAUUCCAAUCACAACGGAAAAUUCCAUUGAGCAGAAAAUGGUAGAUGCAUUGGCACCCGUCUUGGGCAAGGAGGCCAGAUUAGAGUAA